CAUGAAUUCAGUAGGACAGCAACAACAUACCAACAGAGAGAGAGAGAGAGAGACCGUGCCUAUAAAAGAUGAAUGGGUCAUCAACCAGACCGUCUCGUAUGUCAUGUUCCUCAUGCAAGUAAGGAAUAGAAAUUAAUCUUCUAAGAAUAGUGGUUCUGCAUAUCGUGCAGCCGGAGGGAGUGGAUUUCUCAACCUUCAAUAGUCUACAUUUCGAUAAAUACGUGUUGUUGAGAGCCAGCUUUCGGAAGAACGCCAUCUUGAAGCUUCUGCUGCUCUCAGACCCAUUCGAAUGGGGAGAUCAGCCUGCCAGAGACAGAAACUGUGGGCGACGUACAAUGGCUUCUAGGAUUCCACAAAUCCCACUGUUCACAAAGCGAAUGUGCAUCUUCAUAUUAGUCUAUUAUGGAAUCCACAGUUUUGUUCGGUUCAUGACCGGUGAUGACUAUCCGUUGAUGUUUAACACCUACUAUUACUUUGUAGUAUCAUACAGCCCAGUUUAUGAGAUGAUCUACCUCUCUCAGAUCAUGGCAGCUGCUGUUUAUAUUCUAACAUUUGCCAAUUCUAUUGGCCUGUAUGGUUCAAUAAUGGCCAUAACGUGCAGUCAGCUGGAGAAGUUGAGAGCGAACCUCCUGGAUAUCAGACAGGAACUCGACUCGGGCGCUGAGACUGACACAGAGGAGUGGAGAGAGGUUCAGACAUCUCAGGAAGUGUUCUGUCGCAUGCAGGAGCAGCUCAACGAAUGCAUACGUCAUCACCAGCAAAUAAUCAGAUUCAUGCGAGUCGUGGAAGAAAUCUUCAAUCCAUUUCUGGUUGGACUCUUUCUCCUGUUGAUGUGUGGUAUCUGCUUAACAGCCUUCUCUGUUGCCAUGAACUGGGGAGAUCUGUAUUCAUUGUCCGAAGCCCUUCUUAUUUACUGCUUCUUGAUGCUUAUGUUGUGCGUCUACUGCCGUUUCGGAGAGGAGUUGACAAAUCAGGCGGAGAGCGUGAGACAUGCAGCCUGGGGGUGUGACUGGGUAGGCACUCCCGUCCAAUUUCAGCGCUGUCUUCUCUUUAUUAUCGCCACGGCCAACAAGGAGUUCAGAUUGACUGCAGGGAAAUUCGUCACAGUUUCCAACAAAACUCUGAUCAAUAUUUUCAACCAAACGAUAUCGUUCUUCAUGUUCCUCAUUCAAGUAAAGGACAAGACUGAGGACAACCAGAACACUUAGAAUCUAAUUAACAUCCAUUCCCUCCGUACCAAGACAGCAAGACUGUGGAAGUUCCGAUGGAAGAAGACAGGAUCUCUAUCUUCAAAAUGCCAUAGAAUUAUUCAUCAUAUAGAUUAUCUAGAUAUAGGAGUGUACAGAACAUAGAACAUUUGCACCAAAGCACGUAGUUAUAAGUAUCUCACUGACCAGAAGGUGUUCCUAGUACUCGUUGU